AUGCACAACCCCAGUGAAAACACACAAACCCUCUCCUCCUUCUCCAUGCUCUCCGAGGCAGAUGUUUCAAAACUCAUCCUCUCCAAUCACCCUACUACCUGUCCCCUAGACCCCAUCCCCACUCCUCUUCUUCAGGCCAUCUCCUCCUCAAUUCUACCUCUUUUAAGCAGGCUAGGAUUACCCCACUGCUUAAAACCCACUCUGAAUCCAGCACUUUUAGAAAACUACAGACCAGUAUCCCUUCUUCCUUUAAUUGCAAAGACACUGGAGAGAGUUGUCUUCAACCAACUGUCUACUUAUCUCACACAGAACAACCUCCUUGAUGACCACCAGUCUGGUUUCAAGAGUGGCCACUCAACUGAGACUGCCUUGCUCUCAGUCACUGAAGCCCUGAGACUGGCACGAGCGACUUCAAAAUCAUCAGUACUCAUCUUGCUGGAUCUGUCUGCUGCUUUUGACACCGUUAACCACCAGAUCCUCCUGUCAACACUCAAGUCGAAGGGCAUCUCGGGAACUGCACUCCAGUGGUUCAAGUCUUACCUCUCAGAUGAUCCAACGGUUGCUGGUCGUAUUGCAGGUUGCCUGACAGCCAUUUCUGCCUGGAUGAAGGACCACCACCUUCAACUCAACCUUGCAAAAACGGAACUGCUGGUGGUCAGUGCCAACCCAACACUUCGUCAUAACCUUUCAAUUCAACUUGGGUCGUCAACCAUUACUCCCUCCAGGACAGCCAGGAACCUUGGAGUGGUGAUGCUUCACAGAUCAUGUUGCUACAACGGCCCGGUCUUGCAGAUUUGCCUUGUACAACAUCAGGAAGAUUAG